UGCAAUAAUGUUAAAAAGUGUUUUUUGUGUUUUUGUGCAGUGAAAAAAAAAGGGGAAUUCGCGGUGUCCGAACAAACAGUCAGUCAUGUGUAAGUCCGUCGUGCCACACAACCUAAAUUAACAGCUCGGCCAAGCUCGAACACAAUUUUUGUAGGUCUAACACCCCUUCCAUGAACUUCAUAAGUUCAGACAUACUAGGAAAACGGAUAAAGAAAGUGUCUGAAGAGAACAUUUGGAAUACGUUGGAAAUAACGAGAAAGGACACCAAUAAACUUAUCCCAUAUUCCCGCACCGAUGUGAUUUGGGUUCCAAAUCCUCUACACAGACUGAUCAAAAAAGAUAUUGUUCAAGAAAUGCCAGCUGCAACAAUAGGUAACUAUGUGUCGGCAGGCAGUGUCCAGCAUCCCAACAAUGAGGAGUGUGGUAUCAGAGAUGUGUGGGCACACAAUUUGGAGGAGGAAUUCAGAACUAUUCGACAGAUAGUGCAGAAAUACCAGUAUGUUGCCAUGGACACUGAAUUCCCAGGGGUUGUUGCUAGACCAAUAGGUGAAUUUCGCAGCUCUGCCGAUUAUCAGUAUCAAAUGUUGAGGUGCAAUGUGGAUUUACUAAGAAUAAUUCAAUUGGGGCUCACUUUUUUGGAUGAUAACGGCAAAACACCCGGUGGGUCUUAUACAACUUGGCAGUUCAACUUUAAAUUUAACCUACAAGAAGAUAUGUAUGCUCAAGACAGUAUUGACCUACUUACAAAUUCGGGGAUUCAGUUUAAGAAGCACGAGGACGAGGGUAUAGAGCCGCUCGAGUUUGCCGAAUUGCUAAUGACCUCAGGAAUUGUGCUGAUGGAUAACAUAAAAUGGCUCUCUUUUCAUUCUGGAUACGAUUUCGGUUAUUUGAUCAAACUAUUGACCGACAAUAAUCUACCUCAGGAUGAAAAUGAUUUCUUCGAACUGCUCAAACUUUAUUUUCCCACGAUAUACGAUGUAAAAUAUUUGAUGAAGUCAUGCAAGAAUUUGAAAGGAGGCCUCCAGGAAGUCGCAGAGCAGCUUGAUUUAGAAAGAAUAGGACCCCAACAUCAGGCCGGCUCUGAUUCUUUACUAACAGGGAUGGCCUUCUUCAAAAUGAAGGAGAUGUUCUUCGAAGACACUAUUGAUGACUCCAAAUUUUCUGGCCAUUUAUACGGUUUGGGUACGUCGUUUGCUGUUAAUGGCACGUCUACCAACUAUACGACGGACAACGGUGACACCACGAAUUCAUCAUGAAAGGCAUAUUUGGAGUGUUUUCAGUACUUAUUUGUGUUAUUAUGAAAGGAGAAACUUUCUACUAAGCGAGAAAAUAUAUUAAGUAAAAGUUUCAACAGGAAUGGCAGUAUAUUUCUUUUGUAUAAAACUUUAUGUAUGUAUAUAUACCAUGGAGAGACUACUUGUCAUUAAUUAUACCAUGUAUAUAUAACAGUUUGCACAUAAUAGUUUUCAGUUGUUUUUAUCUCUUGGGUACAACCAGCUCUAUAAAGUAAAUGUGGUGCCACCACUCAUAAUCUUGUAAAAUAUUUGUGUAUUAAUUUUUAUUUCGAUGAUCUUAAAAUUAAUUGUAAAAUUAUAUGUUGACGUAGUUUUCUAGUUUAUUUUAUACAUUUUCAUAAAUUGUGAAAUUUUUAUCUAAAUAAAAAUAAGUUAAAUUGUU